AUGAACUCACCUAGUGAUGGAGACUAUCCUGAAAAGUCCGAAAACCUCUCCUCGGUUCCCAUUCUCGAUGUCAGAAGACCAACCCCUACCCCAUCAACGACCGACGAAUCACCAGAGACAUCGACCACAAGUCUGCCCAUCCACACCUUGAAUUCUCCAACUUUAGGCUCACGAACCAGUACUUUGUCUAGUAUCAUUUCCAGGUCCAAUUCUCCAAAUGGCAGGCUAUCGGCUUCGGCUUCAAGGUUCGGAAAGUCUUCUCUGAGCAGUCCACUUGGCAAUUCCGUUGAUGGAUCCGAUGAUUCGAGGUCGUUGAUUGUCCGCGCAUUUUCUCCGACAGUUGCUAUCUGCGCCGCAAAGGAGGUUGAUGAGCUCGCGGUGCAGAAAGGCUUGAAGAGGGGGUUUACAGAGCUCAUCCGGCCUUUUGGCAAUAAGGUCUCUGGAAAAGUGGUCGUUCGCGAUAGUACUGGAGCCAGUCGAGCAUGGGAGGACUUUGGAGUUCAUUUCGUGGACCUUGGAGAGCUGGCUGGAGAUGGCGCAUCAACGACCAACAGUGCUAAUCCACUGGAAAACUUGGAAGAACUGAUGGAAUAUUUCAUCGGUGACGGUUGGGAUGAUUCAGAUGGAGUUCCCAGUCGAAGUGAGAUAUCACCCUUGUAUAAACUCUUCUUGACCAGACUUCUGUCAUCACAAGAUAUGAGUCCUCACGAAACAUUCCGACAUCCCGUGGGAGCCGUUAUUGCGAUCAGCUCUUCCACACAACAACCAAUCGAAACCCUUCGAACUCUAUAUCAACAAACCGCCCAAGGGUCAAGAGCCCUGCCAUUGUAUGCCAACCCGGAAUAUCUACGUUACUACGUAUUGGUGCAUGAUGAAGACAAGGACGACUUCAGCAAAUCAUCAGCACUAUUUGAUCAGAUGAAGCGACAUUUCGGACUUCACUGUCAUCUUCUUAGAUUGAGAUCUGCACCCUGCACCAAGUCGGAUGACGACUCGGAGGAAUUACCGACGAGUGAAUGGUUGUCAGCAUCGGAACAGAUCACUUUCAUCCACGACACUGUGGAUCUGAUAGAUCUGAACGUCUCUGCCUCACCCUAUAUUUUUUCCUCAGACGUUUCGGCAAUCAGUGGGUUUAUCCGGGAGCUUGUAGCACAAUCAAUUGUGUAUCACAUGGAACAAAGAAUUGCACUAUGGAACGAUCAGAUAGCUUCUCGUCGGCGAGGUAUUUCCGGUCGGUUCAUGUCACUCUCCAAGAGAUGGACAGGCAUAGGAAGUUCAUCUCGACAGUCAUCACCCGGUCUAAAUACGUCCGGAGCGAGCGGCAACUACGACAGCCUUCAAGGAGUCUAUCGAUAUGAUACGCCAGAAAGUCUACUGCGGAAGCUGGCAGAUUAUGCAUUUAUGUUACGCGAUUACAAACUUGCUGCAUCGACAUAUGAGCUUCUUAGAACCGAUUAUGCCAAUGACAAGGCAUGGAAGCAUCUAGCAGGAGCCAAUGAAAUGUGUUGUAUCUCCACACUACUAAAUCCUUUGAUUGGAACGGGAAGCACCAAGUUCAAGAUUGAAAACUUUGACCAAAUGUUGGAGAUUGCCACCUACUCAUAUGCAACACGUUGCUCAAAUCCCUCACUGGCACUCCGAUCAAUACUCCUCGGCGUUGAACUCUUGAAAGUGAGAGGUCGAACAGCGACUGAGUUGGCUGCAAAGUGGGCAAUCCGAUCUUUUGAAUUGGGACUGGUUGGAAGUAUUGGUCGAGUACUAGUCAGCGAACGGGUGACAUCUUGCUUUGCUGACCGAAUCGGGGUUGGCAAUACAAGUUGGGGCACACGCAAACGCAAAGCAGCACUUUGGAGUAUUAUGACAGCCGACGAAUGGAUGAAACUAGGACGUGCAGAAUUCGCUUCGGAGCGCCUUGAAGAAGCUCAAGAAUUAUAUGGUGAAGCGAAGAACAGCGAUGCAAUCCAAGAUUAUGGAGCCUUGGCAGAAUAUCUGACCCAACUUCGACUGGCUGUCCGAAUGAAACUAGGACAAGCGAGACGGAGGACAUUGAGUGGAGCAGUCGGGCCAGGAGAAGAUGAAGUUGAAGAUGAGACCAUCGAGCAAAUGGCCACUCUGGAGAAGCUCGAUAGCAAGGUGCAUCGAAGGACAGGAAGCCUAAUGACUGGGGUCAGUGGAGCGGAUGUUGUACCAUUAAGUCCCGUGCGAAUGACACGACCGGAUCCUUUGUUUAGAGAGGACGAUGAUUUUGAAUGA